AUGCUAUCCUUGCCAACACUGGCACUGACGCUUCAAACGCCUAAAAAUUUCAAUACACAGAGCGCGUCCAACGCUUCGCCAUUUUCGAAAAAAAUAAGUACGAGUAAUUGCAGCAGCUCUGUAGUGGCACAUUGGAGAAGCUUCCGGCAAGAUGCAGCGUUACAAGGAACUGUACAAGGAGCAGUCGUUGGCCCUGAGCCCGCGCAAUCACUGCCAGUCCAAUCGGGAACGGCAACGGGCGGCGCGCGCCAAGCAACGGGAGGAUGUAUUCCACAGCAAUCGCAUCAUCAGCACUAGUCCCACUCCCAUCAAGGCCAAGCACCCGCCUCCGGCGUCGCCACAAAUAGUGGAGUCCAAGGAGAACCAGUUGCCCAAGCAGGAGAUGGGAGAACCGGCGGAUCAGAAGCCGCCACUGCAGCCAAUCUGCUCUGAGCCAGUCCAGAAGGAUUUGCCUGGCACUUCCAAAACAGCCCGACAUCAGCAGUUCCUUCAGCGAUUCAUGCAAUGGAAGAAUACGCGGAAGGAGGAACGCAAACAGCAGAUCCAGGCGCGUCGAGGGGCUCCGGUUGCCACAACCGCCAAUCAGACAACUACAUUUCACCAAUCAAAAGCCUUUAAGGCGCCCAAAACCGUCACAGCUCCCUCUGAAGCCGAGGAUCCUCCUGUUUUUGUGCCUCCGAAGCGAGCAUCCAUCUAUGUUAUUGCCAAUCCCACAACUAAAGGCAAAGGCAAGGAGCCCAGUGCAACGAAGCUAGAACCUUUAAGAACCCAACGGGUCGGCGCAACAUUCGGAAGCAGACAUAAGACCAAUGCACCCACUCCAUCUAACAAGCCUAUCCAACAGCCUUUAAAAACUCCCACUUUCCGUCAGCCAGUUGGUUCUGCAGUCAAACCCGGAUCUUUAGCCAAACCACCGCCUAAACCUACAGUUGUAAGGCCUCCGACCAACAAUUUACGACCCAGAGUGCCCUCCGGCACUGCAGUACGUACCACAAUUCCCAAACCCAUGCCUGCCAGACCCGCCAUAGUUCGACCUAGACCCCCCACCGCACUGCGGCUCAAGGCCGAAGCCCCUGCAGCACCCGCUCCUAAGUUGCCCAAUGUAAGGAACCAGCCGUUUGAAAAUCCCGCAGUUAACCGAGUUGCGGAAGCCCGGCGCGCCAAAAUCAUAAAGCCCCAACCCAUUCGAGGAGGUAGUGGAGGGGCAGCGUCGAAAUUCAAGGCAUCAGUUGCGACAAAAAGUGCAGCAGUGAAUAAAUCCACACGCAUGAAAGCCGGCAUUGAAAAGAAAUCCUACCUGAAUCUUCAGAAGAAGGCACGCCUAAUGCCCGGCCUCAAGUCGGAGUUGAUUGAGGCAGCAACCAUAGAAUUGCCACCAAACACGCCGCUAGAGGAGCACCAGGCGGAGAACCCCUUCCUGGCUCAGAAUACAUCCACACAGUGUAGGCAGAAUGGCAACGCAAGCCUUGAAGCGGCGUUUGGAGACUUGAUUUCUUUAAGUCCACUGGCUCCGGCCAAAAGCGAAGAAGGCAGUUCAGCGAAGAGACAGUUGCUGCCAGCGGAGGAGGCAGUUCAAAAGCCACUCCCGGCUGCCAAGAAAAAGUUCGACUUUACACGAUACUCGGUGGCCAACUCGCCGCUGGAGGACUCGUUGAUUUUGGAUCCCCUACCGCAGAUAGGUCAAGAAGAUAAACCAGCACCUGAGUUGGCGGCGGACAGUACGUUAGUAUUGAAUUCCCAGAAAAAGUUGGGAGACUCUGUAGAUUCCACUCUUGUGCCUGCAAUGGAGAAGACACCGCCACGCCGCGAUUCUCUGCCCAACUAUCUGAGUCCGUAUGUAAGCGUUUCGCGGGGCAAGGUGAAUUCUCGCAGCGAACGUGAAAAGCGGAACAGCAUGUACCUGCCAGACGAGGAUGCGCCUGUGGAAGUUCGCAGGGCCAUCGAAUCCGUGCUGUACUUCCGCUUGCAGCUGGAAACGGAGAUCAAACGGCUUCAUUCCCUCUGCAGUGAAUGGGAGGCAUAUAGCCGGGAAAACGAGACUCGAUUAAUGGAGACAGGUGGCAUGGACAUGAUUAACGUGACCAUUGGUCAGACGCGACUACUGACAAGUAAGAAAAUGAUGCAGUUUAGCGGACUGAUCGAUCGCUGUGAGGAGGGCGCCACAGGAAAGAACAAGAAGCCGAAUGACGGCAGCGAGGACACCAAGCCGGUGCAGCCCGAGGAUUUGGAGGGAUGGUGGGACAUGUUGCGCCUUCAAAGCGAGAACGUAGACAAGCGGUUUGAUAAUCUGAACCGUUGGAAGGCCAACGACUGGGUCGAUCCUGAUGCAGUUGUCGAAGAAGUUAAGAUUGCAAAGCAGGAACCCAAGGCAAAGCCGAAGCUUACCCGAAACAUGAAGAUCAAAUCAAAAGCCAAGCCCUCUAGCAGCUUGCAGCAGUUCCUUCGCAAGGCCCAUGCCGACAUGAAGAAAACCAAAGUGGAGGAAGUACAGGAGAGCAGUGAUGCCCCACCCACACCUAAGCGCCGUAGCUCACGCGUAUUUGUGGUGCGCGAUCGUAAAUCCUUCUCCCCGGCUCGCACGGUCAUCCGUAUGUCUACUGGCGAGGGACGUCCCUCUAUCGCUCCCAAUGCCCUCCUAAAGUCGGCACUGAUUGCGGCGGCGGAGCAAAAUGUGGCCAAUAAAACCCCACCCCGACCACGCGCCUCCAUUUUAAAAACGCCAGGCACUCUGAAGCGCCAAAAUCGAGGAGUUAUAUUCAGUGCCAAGAAGAAAGUUCGCCGCUUCGAGUUCACCUAUGAUGAGGGCAACAUCAGCGAUGGGGGCGUCGAUAAGCUGGAGGACUGCGAAGAAGACAUGUCGUUAGAAGAGCGACGAUCCCUCGAAAAGAGAAACGAAUCUAGCCAGGAUUCUAGCGCAUCCGUGGGAGAAAACGGUCGUACACCGCGAUCAUAUACGCUGCGCAACCGAAGAGUGCAUCUUCGACCCUCAUCCGAGUUUAUGUAGUUUUUGUUUUAAAAAUUUAAAUUUCAUGUGUUUAUAAUUUUGUAGUUUGGAUUGUUUGUUAAGAAAAAUAUUAUCUCCAGAUUUGUUAGAAUUUAGUAAAUUAUAAAUCUGGAACUGCGCAGCUAAUUGGCUGAAAGAUAUUAAAAUAAAAAAUAAAAUCCAUGAGU